GUAAAAGGAAAAACCCACCGAGUUUUGUUUAUCUUUUGCUAUCCGAACGGGUACGCGGGUACCACAUCGAAUGCAGUCUGGGGUUGUCAUGUAGUGAAUUGAAUAUCUGAUGUGGACUUUUCCUGUCACAUGACAGUUAAUAAUCAAGGCGACAGAGGAAUUCAGCAAAAUUGUCAGCUCUGUGUCUACAGAUUAGUCUAGAUGACAGUUUGAUGUCGUGUCAUUGACAGUUUUAUGUCGUACUGUUAAAUCCAUCAUGUCAGAGGAGCAGACCACAGACAGACAGAUGGAUGAUCUAAAGCAAUCUCUGACAGACAUACAGACAACAGAGGUAACCCUCAUAGAGUACCUCAAAGAGGUCUUGAAAGAGUCAGAUGGGGUGUCUAAACUGAUGGAUGGGAAGAUUGGGAGACUGUUUGAGGUGGCUAAGUGUUACAAGACUGUGUUUGACAGAUUAAAAGUAACAUCAAGGCGUGAAUUUCAAGACCAAGUCAAGGCUAACUACAGAAAUGUAGAAAUUCGUGAUUUAGAGGAGGACAUAUUUACUUUGGAGCAACAAUGGGAUGAGGUAUUACAGAGCGUCGACAGAUCAUUGAAGGGAGAUGACACCAGCAUACAGCUAGGGGACACGGGGCCAGUGGAGGUCCCACUGACUAAUGCUAGAACUGGGCAGGAAACCAAUUUAAUGGAGUAUCUGGGACACAAGGACCUUGUUUUGGUGCUAUUGCGGCAUUUUGCUUGACUCCCAUGACGUCAACAUAUUGAACAAGUUGAGAAGUCUGAGGAAGAAAUAUCCGAGUCAGGAGGCCGAGUUCUUGUAGUUUCUUUUGGAGAUCAGAAAGGAGCACAGCAGUGGCUUGCUGAAACCAAAUGUCCAUUUCCAAUGCUUCUGGACCCACAGAGGAAGGUUUACAAGGCAUUUGGUCUGCAUCGUUCAGUGUACAAGGUUUGGGGAAUAGAGGAAAUGGUUUACUAUGCAGAGACCAUGGUAAAGAUGAUUCCGCUACCCAAACCCUCCCAGUAUGUCCACGAUGACCCUCAACAGAUGGGAGGAGAUUUUAUCAUUAACAAGGCAGGAAUUGUGUCCUUUGUAUACUGCAGUAAGAAAUCUUUUGACAGACCUACUGUGGCUGAUCUUUUGGACAAUCUGAAGGUAAGUCAAAGACAAUUUCAUUUCUUUUACUAUGUAAUAAAUAUAUUAUACGACAAUUAAAACAUUAUCAAUGAAGUAAAAUUAUGUUUGCUUUGAAAUAUUCAUGUAUUUGGACAAUUGAAAUAUCAGUAUUUUUGUUGAGAAAAUAUUUCAGGAACAUAAAGGGAUACAAAGUGCAACUUGUGUUGUAACAAACAGAAAUCGCAUAAUUCCUAUAAGAAUACAAAAUUAAGAGAAGGGCAAACAUGGACCCCUGGACAUGCCAUAUCAGUGGGUGGUGUUCAAAGAUCUGCAUUAAAAACCAUCCAGUUAAUCAAUGGGAAGGUUUCAUACAUUUCCAAUUUUCUCUUUAACUGCUUCUUAAAGACAUAUGUUACCCCAAAAAAAUAUUAUUAAUAAAACUUUGGAAAACUAUUUGUAUAAAGUGUUUUGAUAUUACUUCAAACCAAUAUUUAACACAACAUUUUCCUAUGAAACCACCUUCAUUUUUGUAUUACUACAUGUAUAAGUAUUCACAAAUCUUUACUUCAAAAUUCAAAUGAAAAAAAACAUUGCAUAAAAUUUAAAAUCUUUCAAAAAUACAUCUUUUUUAUUGAUACACUUCAUGAUAUAUACAUUGUUGUUGCAUCAAAUAAAAGAAAAAUCCCACGUAAACGCAACAGAAUCCUACUUCAUUGGAUGCAUCCAAAUCUUGCGAUCUUAAGCUGUGUUUACAUUGAAUUUUCUAUUAUUUGAUCAAACAACAAUGUUGAUAUUGCCAUUACUACAUGUCCAUGCAUCAAUACAGAAACCUUUUUGAAGGAUUUUAAUCUUUUGAAUAAUGUUUUUCCAUUGAAUUUUCAAGUAUAGAUUUGUAAAUAAUACAAAAUCAACUGUGGUUUCAUAGGAAAAUAGUGUGGUAAGUAUGGUUUCUAGCAAUAUUACAACAUUUACAAAUAGUUCUACAAUAUUUUAUAACAAUUUUAUUGGGGGGGGGGGGGUAUCCUAUGUUCAUAAAUCAAAGAUUCUGGCUUAUACGGUUUUCUCAUCUGUCUCUCCAUACAUAAACACUUUGAAUUAAUAAUGCUAAUAAUGAUUACAUCAUAAACGAGAAGGCUUUGGUAUUUAGUAGCUGUAACCUGCGUGACAACACAUUUUUCUAUGACACUAGUGGUAGAACUGGUCACUGUUAUGACGGGAGGAUUCGCGUUCCACAGACCCAUAUUAACUGAACCAGACAUCACGUUCUUACUUCUGAUGUUUCAAGACUCAUUUUGUAUUUGUAGAAAAGUUGAUGAAGAAACACGUUGAUCCAGCAGAAAUGACGGACUGAACUGAAAACAUGUGAAGGUUAAGUCUUGAUAACAAAGCUGCGAAAAGGUUUCCGUUUGUUCUUCAAAAAAUGCCUAUGUAUCUA